AUGUCUCUCUCCAAGAUUGCUGGUGUGGUCCUUGGCUCGGCCGCUCUGGUCGCUGGCCACGGUUACGUCUCCGGUGCCGUUGUGGACGGUACCUACUACGGCGGAUAUCUGAUUACCCAAUACCCCUACACCAGCACUCCGCCAGAGACCAUUGGCUGGUCCGAGGAUGCGACCGACCUUGGCUACAUCGAUGGCUCUGAAUACUCCAACUCGAACAUCAUCUGCCACAAGGAUGCCCAGCCCGGUGCAAUCUCUGCUCCCGUCGCGGCCGGUGGCAGUGUCGAGCUGCAGUGGACUGCCUGGCCUGAGAGCCACCACGGUCCCGUUAUCACCUACAUGGCCAACUGCAACGGCGACUGCUCUUCCGUUGACAAGACCAGCCUGAAAUUCUUCAAGAUUGACGAGGCCGGUCUUAUCGACGACAGCAAUGUCCCCGGCACCUGGGCCUCCGACAACCUGAUCAGCAACAACAACAGCCGCACCGUCACCAUCCCCAGCAGCAUCGAGGCCGGCAACUACGUCCUCCGCCACGAGAUCAUUGCCCUGCACUCUGCCGAAAACACCAACGGUGCCCAAAACUACCCCCAGUGUAUCAACCUGAAGGUCACCGGCGGCGGCAGUGACUCUCCCUCUGGGACCCUCGGCACCGCACUGUACAAGGACACUGACCCCGGUAUCCUGGUCAACAUCUACCAGUCCCUGAGCUCCUACACUAUCCCCGGUCCCGCGCUGUACACCGGCGCCGCCUCCUCGGACUCCACCACCACCACUGCCGCCUCGGUUGCUGCCAGCACCACUGCUGCCGCCACUACCGCCGCCGCUCCCUCGUCCACCGUGGCCUCUGUCGGAGUGAUCUCCUCUCCCAGCGCUUCCCCCGUCAGUGCCACCCCCAGUGCUAGCCCCGUCCGGAGCUCCCCGUCCAUCCCACCUUUCUCCAACUCCACCCGCGUGCCCCGUCCCUCACACGGCCGCGGCCAGCAUGGAUCUGCUCCCUCUGGUCAUCCCCACUUCUCGCAGCCCAGUGAGCCCGAAAGCCAGCCCACCGCGGCCACCAUCACCGAUUAUGCCACUGCCACUGCCACUGCCACCGAGUAUGCCACUGCUACAGUUCAGCUUACUGACUCGCCCGUUGUCCAGACUCCCAGCGCUGAUGACACUGUGACCGUCACCGCCAGUGCGGGAGCCCAGUCUGCCGCCAGUUCCACCCCGGCCUCCAGCAGCUCGGACUCCAGCUCUUCCAGCUCCAGCUCCAGCUCCGGCUCCGGCUCCGGCUCCUCCUCCACCACCACCACCACCACCGGCGGCUCCAGCUCCUACAACUCCAGCGAUUGGUCCACCUAUCUGAGCUCCCUGAGCGCGGAGCAGUUCCUCAGCCUGCUCCGUCAGACCCUGAAGUGGCUCGUCUCCGACAACAAGGUGCACGCGCGUGACCUAACCUACUAG